GUUGUCCGACUCCUCAGCAGGCUCAGGCUCCGCCACUUCCAAUGCCAUUGCCAAGGCCCAUCUUCAUGCGACCAUUGCUUGGAGAAGACUCACUCCUUGUUCCUUGUGUUUCAUUGAACUAAGAUUCAUUGCUUGUUGGGGCCAUGGGGUUUUCCUGAGAUUUGGAGUCCCUUUUCAAGAGUUGCUUUGAUUCGCUCAACUGGUAGAAACCCCUGUAAAUCAUGCACUAGAAAGUAGGUUACAAUGGGGAAGGCGGUGAAUGCGUGCAUGAACAGCUGCGGGACGGUGUUCCCGUGCUGCCCGGGGCUGCGAUCAAAGUCUAAAGUGCCUGGGAAGCGGUACAAGAAGCUACUGGCGGACAUAUUCCCGAAGUCUCCAGAUGCAAGCCCCAAUGACAGAAAGAUUGGAAAGUUGGCCGAGUAUGCUGCUCGAAACCCAAUGCGUGUUCCAAAGAUUGCGAACAGCCUGGAAGUGCGCGGAGUAAAGGAGCUGCGUAGCGAGCGCUAUGGCUACGUCACAAUAGUGAUGCGCACAUAUAGCAAGCUGCUCUCUUCCUGCCAAGAUCAGAUGCCCCUCUUUGCUACUAGCGCCCUCAGCAUGAUUCAAACUCUGCUAAGGCACCGGAAGGAGGAAAUGCAGAUCCUGGCAUGCGAAACAUUUGUGGACUUUGUCAGGUAUCAGAAAGAUUCGGCCUACAUUCACCAGUGCGAUCACCUGUUGCCUGCCAUGGUCGCUCUAGCGCACGAAACAGGGCCAGAGGAUCGAAGGAACCCCCUCAGAGCAGCGGGGCUGGCUGGGAUUGGCGAGAUGCUCUGGUUCAUGGCUUCGGUGACGCACAUCUCCCCAGGGUUCAAGGAGAUCGUCACGGCAAUUCUCGACAACGUGGCCCCCCCCUCUGCUCUCGUCGACGACGACGACGACGACGGGGGCCACAGCCCGGGGCCAGUCAACCGGGCAGUGGCGGCAGUCAAGGAUGCCUAUGAAAAGAUGAAGGACAAGAACCGGGGGGUGCACGCGCCUCACGGAGAAAAGGACCCGGGGGACAACGCGCAGUUCUGUGUGCAGAAUCUGGCUCGCUUGGCGAAGGAGGUCACGACUGCACGCAUGGUGCUGGACCCGGCCUUCCAGUACUUCGACACGGGCAAGCACUGGGCGUCCGAAGAAGGGCUGGCGUACAAGGUCCUGCGGACGAUGCAGAAGACGAUGAACCGGGACAAAGGGCACCAGAGGAGCGCGCUCCUGCUGACGGCGCUGACGCGGCACCUGGAUACGCUGACGAAACCCGACAGCAAGGCGUCAAUUCUGCGCAUCUUCGUCCGGCUGAUCAACAAGUCCAAGGCCCGGGUGGAAGAGCUGACGCUCGUGCGCGAGAUCGGCGAGAUCACGCGGCACCUGCGCACGAGUUACGAGGCGUCGGGGGCCCUUUCGGACCAGGAGGGCGCGGCAGAGGCGACCCAAGAAGCGCUGCGGAAAGAAUUAGGGUUUCAGGCGACGGCGAAAGAGGCGCUGGAAGCUCUGGUGAAGAAGGUGACCGACGUCAGCACCAUCCUGGAGCUCAAGGCCUCCAUCCUGGAGAAGCUGACGUCACCCCCCUCCGUCGCGCGCAGCACGGUCCAGGCCAUGCUCUCCCUUGCGCGGAUCGUCGCUGACGUCAGCGGGCCGCUCAAGGAGAGCUUCCCGGAGUCAUUGCUGACGCAGCUGCUGCAGAUCAUGAUGUUCCCGGACGCGGAAACCCGGGUGCUCGUGCACCAAGUUCUCAUUACGCUGCUGCCGACUGUGCCGAUUUACGGGCGCGGCAGAGGGGGGCUGCUGAAGGCGCCGUCGGGAUUGCCGCGGAAGGAGGGGGAUGGGGGGAAGCGGAAAGAGAAGGAGAGGGAAGACAAGGACGCCAAGCGAAAGGGCAAGAUCGAGGAAGAGGUGGAACCCGCCAGCGGGCGUAGCAGCGAGGAUGGGGCGACCCCCCCGCUUCAACCCACGGGAUCUGGUCGCCCCAGCAUCGGCAUCUUGCACAGUUUGAGCACGCUGGGCAAGCACAAGUCGCAGGAGAUCCGGGACGUGUCAGCGCACGGAACGCACCCGGAGAGGGACCGCCGCCGCAGCCAUAGCCGCGACGGCGAGAUGCACCUGGCGCGCUUCAGUGGGCACCAGGCGUGUCUCCUCCUCUCCAGUCUCUGGCUCCAGUCGCUUCUACCCGACAACGAACCCGCCAACUUUGAAGCCAUGGCCUACACCUUCAGUGCCGUCGUGUCCUUCACUCUGCCAAAGACCAAGAAUCACAGUCCGAUGAUACAGGCCGUUCGUCUUGCCUUCUCUCUUCGGGCCCUAUCUCUCUCAUCUCCAGCCGACGAGUCCGUCAGCCCCUUCCAGGCCCGCUCCCUAUUCACCCUCUCGACCGCAAUGCUCGCUGCGGCGGCAAAAGCGUACGGCUUCUCUCACAUCAUCCCGUCCGUGCUGUCCGCUUAUGAUAAGUUGAGAGACGAGCGGUGUCCCUGGUUGGAUCUCUCCGAUAACGAGCGGCUAGUCGUCUCCCCCCUUCUUCCGCUGGACGUCCCCGGGGCUCCACGCCCGCCGCCGUACGGUUCCCCAGAAGACCGGGCGGUUUUCUCCCGGGUUUGGCCGCCUAACCCGGCCCUUCACCCCGAGUUUGACACCGAGCUCGCGGUGUUGGCGGGCAAAAUAGCCGCGACGGCUGGCUUUCUGGAGCUGGAAGGCGCCGAGCUGGAGGCCCGGCUUGGCGAGCCGUUCGUUCCGGACGAUCACUACGCGCUGCGCCAGCGGGAGUUCAGCGCGCGCGUCGUCACUCCAAGCUCCCCCCUUAACUCGUCCCUCCUGCGCGCCGAGUCCCUCGGCGAAGAUGACGUCAUGCUGAGCCCCGCCAAGCCGCAGGACGAGUCCACCGGCGCGCUGCUGAGGUCAUCGUCGGCGGUGUCGGUGCCGAGGGCGUCGGACGUGCCCAGCGUUGAGGCACUGCUGAAGCAGGCUGAGGACGUGGCUGCGGGCAUCAGCGUGCCCAUAGUAGCCAAUGGCACCGCACAUUCCGCAGACGGUGUGACGUCUGCGGCUGGGGCCCCUGCCAACCCCUUGGACUUGCUCCAAAGGCUAGGCCUUUUGGGUCUCGCUACUCAAACCUCCCCGGUUAAGCAAACUCCUUCCACCAACCCGAAACAGGCGGCAAGCCCGGUGAUCAACAGCGACGGUCAGCACGGGCCCGAGACGGUUAUGCAAAACGGUGUUGAGGUCCCGGUUACACGGUCGGUGAAAGAGCUGCGGAGGUCCUUCGCGGGACCGGAAACGGGGGCGACGGGGCCUGUGGGACAACAAGGAGAGGAGUCGCUCUUUGUUGGCUUGCCCAAGGAACCAUGGGAGAUUUUGUCUCUCCCUCCCACUAGUGCUUAUGACCAACUUUCGAGAGCUGGUACACCGGCGAGCUAACCUUGGGUGUUGGGCUGCUCAACCCUUCAGGACAAGAUAACGACACGAUUUGCUUCUGAUAGGGCCUGACAUUGAAGCUGUCCACGGUCCAAUCAUGUGUUAAACGCCGCCGCCGUCCUGCAGAGACUUCUGCUUUUGUAUCAUCCAUGCUUCUUUUGUGAUCGAAAGCCAUGCUAGGCUGCCAUGUGAGGUGCGACCUUACUCCGCUCAGCUCAGCUGCUUCAUGCCUGUACG